GUCUAUGUUGAACCUGGUUCGACGUUCCCGUCAUGCUCGCGGUCUGCACAACCGCCUCGCUUGUUCUCCUCGAUCCGCCAACGCUCAAAAAGGCGCCAUCGACUGUUCCCCCGACUUGCACGUUCUCUUGCGCACCCGCCACGAGCUGCUGGGCCUCAGACAACAGCACCCUCUUCGUCGUAAAUGACAAGAGCAUCCAACGAUAUGAUCCCAUGGGCGCACUCCUCAGCACUAUUCCCCGCAAACACCCCGUCACUGCGCUAGUCAGCAAAGAUAAAGGGGACACGCUUAUCGCGGGUAUUCAGGACCAGGUCUCGGUGCUCGACGCCAACUCUGGCAAGAUCGCGUUCAGCCUCGAGACGCACAGCGGGUCUGUGAGCGGGCUGGCUCUCUCGCCGGAUGGGACCCUCCUAGCGUCGACAUCUGGCUCUGUUGUACCUGAGGUGCAUGUCCACAACCUCUCUGGGGCCUUGUCACACGUCGAGCUGCAGAAUUUGCCGCGCAGGGGCGACGUGACAGCGUGCACGUUUCAUCCGCACUCGAAGUCGAAGCUGCUGGUCGCUGUUGGCUCCCAGCUGCUUGUAUACGACAUUGCGAAGCCAAAUGCGCCAGCGAAGACUGUUCAGCUGGACAGGAGGUCUGGCGAGAUCGCUGCGAUAACGUGCAGUCCGUUCAGCAGGAGCCUCGUCGCGGUUGGAUGCAACACAGGCGUGGUUAAUUUGGUGGACUUGGAUAAGGAGAAAGGCCUCUUCCGCACCAUCCCCCUAGAGGCACGGCUGUCAUCCUUGGUUUUCUCACCUGAGGGAGCGGCCCUCUAUGCAGGGACAGAUGACGGGAAGCUCCUCAUUCUUGAUCUCCGCGCUUUGGACAAACCUGCCAGAAGCAUCUGUGUCGGCGGGCCGGUUGUGUGCAUAUCUGUCCAGCGGAAACUGAAACUACAUGAAAGCUCUUCACGCCUACGACCGUCCGUGACUGCUCUUAGCAAGCGCAAAGCGGAUGCCGAUGCUACAGAGAAACUAGCCCGACCCCCGGUGACAGGGUCGAGCGCGGUGUCAUCACCAACUUCAGUACCUUUCUCGAAAUCCAAGACAUCCACCACUAGCAAGACUGCUCUCAGCCCUGGGCCAUCACCCGGACGCAUCGUGCGUACUAGGACCAUCUCUGCGACUUCGACCCCGUCCAAGUCUGUCACGAAACCUCGGAUCGACAACAGUAAGAGCACGCCACCUGAACCGAAAUCAAGCGGUGGAUCAGCUGCACCCGAGAAGGGUGAAGAACCACCGCUUCCGCCUGUACCCUUGCCUAUGCGCGCUCGAACCGUGUCCGCGGCGACCAGCGCGAGUUCACGUGCCACAGCGAGCAGCACGACCUCGAAGAUUACACGUGUAUCGAGCUCGACGAGUGCGACAAGCGUGGAGGCCGGCAGCCCACGCACACGGAAAAUCAGCAGCGGAGUUAAGAAUCCACUGUCUCCCCUUAAAUCUCCUUCGAUGGAGGCAGAAAAUCGGUCCGCUACACCUGCUGAGAAACCCACUUCGAGGGUGAGAAAGACGAUUGCUAUGCUUUCCGCCGCGAAUCAAGAGAAGGCUGCGGGACCGAGCAGGGUGCGUCCGCGUACGGUCUCCACCACUUCUAGCAAGUCGGUUUCCGGUCCUGUCGCUUCAAACUCGAGCACAAGCCGCGUAAGUGCUGGUGCGAGUGCGAGUACAAGCACUGUCUCUCCGACUACGGCGAAGACACACGUCAAGUCACGCACGCAGCCUUCGCGUUCGUCUGUCAGCAAUGUCGCAUCGCGCUCCCCUAGGGUGGAGCCCCGCUCUGCUGCAUUUGUCUCCCCAGUUCCCCCAGUUCCCCCCUUGCCUGAGGCCUUUAAAGACCAGGAACAGCUCACGGGCAUCGACAUCAAGUGGACCAUCUCACGCACACCAAGCCCUGAUCCGCACGAUGACGAUGAUAUGGUGAACACACCAGUGCCAUUGGCGAAGCGCAAUAAGGGAAAGGGCAAGGAGCCGAUGUCACCAGAGGCGCCGAAGACGAACGUCCUAGGACUCGGCACGCCCGAGCUCAAGCGUUGGAUCCAGUCCGAAGCAGAAAGCCGGGAUGGUGCGCUCAACGACGAUGCGGACGGCCACCGCGUUGAGUUCCUCCAGGUCCCGGCGAACGAGGUUCAGAUCCAGAGUAUUCGGGUCGUGGGCGACGACGCGCCCGAGGUAGGAUCCAGCCCACAAGGCGAGCCAGGAAAGGCGACGGUGCAGAUGAUGUUGCAGAUAUCGCCACGUCGCUCGUCCGAGAAGCUCUCGCCAAACUGGACGCCGAUCCCAUCGCUCUUCAGCCCGUCGCGUACGAAUUCAAUGCACGGCCCGGAACAGGGCGCGUCGAGCUCGUCUGGCGCGCCGCCAAGCCCCGCGCAUGAGCUUCUGCAGUCGCUCGUCCGGGACGCGAUGUAUGAUUUCCGGAGGGAGACGAAGUCGGAGAUUAUCGGGCUGCAUUUGGAUCUGGUGAGGAUGGGGAGAGGGUGGAGGAAGGAGCUUCGCGAGACACUCGAGUCGUGGAGCGAGGAGCUGAAGGAGAUUCGGCGCGAGAACGAGCUGCUGAGGCAAGAGAACGAGAGGCUGAGAAGGGGUUAUUGAUGAAUAUUUAGAGAUGUUAUUGACGUCUCAUAUCGCUCAUUGUUUAUUUUAAGCUACCGUGUUCUUGUAUGUUCUGUACUCACGGCUUUGUUCACGAUAAUUACGAGAAUAACACGACUGUUUCGAUGAUCCUGAGGAGCUCAGCUUUAAGUCAUUAUAUCACUUUUCGUCCGAGGGUAGCCUCUGUCGACAAAACCAAGUCUAAAGCUUGCUGGGCUAAGUCUCUAUGUUGCGGCAAUGUCAACAG